AUGGGAACAUUUAUUUCCUCGAAAUAUGGUAAACAUCUACAGUUUAAUAUUACAUUACAAAAUACCUGGAAGUUCUGUUCUCCGAGGGGCUUCAAUGAAGUACCUUUAAAAUUCUACUAUGUUCCACCAGUCUACAAGAAUGAAGCCGCGAUAUUGGAUUCCUCAAAAGGUCUAAAAAGCUUAAGGGCCGUCCGCUGUUUUUUGUUGCUGUUGGCGGCGGUAACGAGCACAAGUGCGUCCAAAUGCAGCCGACUCAUAGACGGCACCACCAUGCCACGGUCGAACGCCGAUGGGAGAUACCAUCUCUUCAUCACGCUGUUCAACCGAACGGAAAUGGUCUUCUCGUACAUGCCCAAUACCCGAUAUACUGUGACCCUGCAAGCGGAGGGUAUCGGAAUGAUCCCGAGGAGAUUUACUAGAUUUCUGAUAUCCAGCGAACCUGAAGGCGACGACGAUGGUUCAGAUAGCGGUGUCUUCGAUCUCCAGGACGAGUCAUUGACGAGGUACUCCGAAAUUUGCCCGAACGCCGUUGUGGAAACCUCGAAGGUGCCAAAGGAGGAAAUUUUUGUGGCCUGGACUAGUCCUUCCGAAGGUAGCGGUUGCAUAUUUAUCAGGGCAACGAUAUUGGAAACGCCGGAUACGUGGUACAUGGAUGAUCCGAACUUAGCUCUGAAGAUCUGCCAGGACUCGAGGGCCGAGGCGGACGAUCAAGGCCCGGUGUUGCAAGAGUGCUACGCCUGCGACGAGGCAAAGUACGAAGUUACUUUCGAAGGACUUUGGUCGAGAAAUACCCACCCUAAGGACUUCCCUAGCAAGGGAUGGCUCAUUCGAUUCUCAGAUGUGAUUGGAGCAUCUCAUACGGUAGAUUACAGAUUUUGGAGGUACAACGGCAUGGCCAGCAUUGGUUUGCGACAAGUCGCUGAACUUGGAUCGACUAGGAAGCUGGAAUCAGAAUUAAAAGAGGAAAGCGAGCAUAUCCGGACGAUAAUUAAAGCUAGAGGUAUAAGCUACCCCAACGUCACUGGCAAAACUUUUGCAGUGUUCCGCGUCGACCGGAAGCACCAUCUCAUGUCCUUGGUGUCCAUGCUUGACCCCUCCCCGGAUUGGAUAGUCGGAGUCUCGGGUCUGGAGCUGUGUCUCUCUAAUCGCUCGUGGAUCGAGCACAAGGAGCUGAAUCUUUAUCCUUACGACGCGGGCACUGAUGACGGGAUCACUUAUUUAUCACCAGACGCGGAAUCGGAUCCGCAAGAGCCUAUUCGUCGCAUAACAUCGACGUACCCAAACGACUCAAGGUCUCCAUUCUAUGAUCCCUUCGGCCUGGACAUGAAACCUCUCGCCAGACUUUAUUUAAAUCGGCAGAGACUCUACGAGAAGACUUGCGACGACGCGACCGAUGAAACGACUGAUACAGGUGCUACUACCCCUCAGCCAGGCAGUAACCGAAAAAAUAAAGCCUGCAGAGUGACACCAUGGGGUCCUUGGAGUGCGUGCUCGGUGACAUGCGGUCGUGGCAGUCAGCUCAGACAGAGGCAUUACCGGGACGAGGUCGCCGCCUCGCUGAACAAGUGCAGCGCCAACUUAACUGACAGGGCGACAUGUUACGGGAAAAGUCCCCAUUGCAGCAAAGCAGGCCGUCACGCUGGUUUACUGGAGACCGAGAUGUGCGCGCUGGACGAGUGGAGCAGCUGGAGUUCUUGCACGACGACAUGCGGCCCCGGCCAUCAAACGAGAUCGCGGAACUUCCGCGAGAAGAAGCACCGGAAACAGUGCAAAGCGAUCCCGGAUGGGCCGGAACUUCAGCAGACGAUCAGUUGCGAGAACGUUCCGUGCCCGGACGAGGAUCUCGACGAGGUAAGAGAACCAUCUAGCCAGGAGGAGGACAAUGAGAAUGAUGAACAGGAAGACAAUGGUGACGGAGAGGAUUACGAGGGAGAGGAACCGGCGGUGGAGGUAACCGAGGAAUGGCUGCAGAAGUGUCCCGAGGAUCGCUACACGCCGUGGUCCCUCUGGUCUCCGUGCAGCUCUAGUUGUGGUCCUGGGGUACAACUGAGAUCCAGACUCGUGGAUAAAAAUUGGAGCAGUUUGGGGGACAAGGACGACGACGUCAGCCUCGAAGAGUGCAAACAACAGCAGGCUGCCUGCGUGGCUAAUAUUCCAACAUGUGAUUUCUCAAAGGAAGAAGCAGAACAUAUUUGCAGUGAACCGAUGAAGAAAGGAAGUUGUAACGGCAAUAUUUUAAGGGCCUACUUUGACACACAGUCGCGCCGCUGUCGAUUAUUCAGCUUUUCCGGCUGCGAUGGAAACCGCAAUAAUUUUCAGACUGAACAGGACUGCAACAAUGUCUGCAACGAUUACCAGAGAGAGUUACGAACAAACUCAUCAACACCGGUGAAAAGCUAUAAGGUGUCUCUCAGCAGCGUUCUCAGCUAUCAUAUACCCGCGCAGGAGCAGCGCAGCGGGAAGACGAAACGAGCUCAUUAUGAAAGUCUAAUGUUCAAAGGCAUGGAGGCCGACAGUCAGGUCAUAGAAUCGCCUGACAACAUGGAAAGUGUCGAUUGCGAGGUGUCCGAAUGGAGUAAGUGGUCGAAAUGCAUAGGUUGUAGAGGAUACACAGUUAGUACCAGAGAUAUUACGGUUUUACCGAGAGGUAAUGGCAAAAAUUGUCCAAAGAAACGUCAUCGUAAAAAAAAAUGCCACAAAAUUCCACCGUGCUCCCUACAAGGCGACGGACCAGGUCGGCGUACUUACCGUGACCGAAAUUCAGCAGCAGAAGAAAAUGAAAUUUCAGUUGAUUGCAAAAUGACACAAUGGUCCAGUUGGUCACGUUGCUCAGCAACUUGUGGAGAGGCAUCAGAAUACAGGAUAAGAACAGUCAAAAUUCGUCCCCUAGGUCCCAGGGGCAAGCUGUGCCCUGCUCUCGUAGAGUACAAAAAAUGUCACAGAAUAGAGUGUCCGUAA